UAGCUUCAUUUUGCCAGCUGGAAGUUAUAUAAGCAGUAUCUGAAUAGUUUAUGACCGUGAGACGUGUUACAUUCUCAACAUCUAGCGUUACUCAGUUACUAUAUGGAUAUAUAUUAUCCACAUCAUAGGGGACAAGAAGUGGGAUUUUACUGUGAAAUGUGCAGGACAUAAAUCGACGACUCUUUCAGCAAACAGUAGAGCUCAUCUUAAACAUAGCGUUAGGUGAUACCGUCACAACAAUGUCCUUAGCUAGCCUUGCCAAGCCAAUUCUUCAUGGAUACUUCCGAAGCUCCUGCUCCUGGAGGGUUCGCAUUGCUUUUGCUCUUAAAGGUAUCGAAUAUGACCAGGUUCCAGUCAAUCUAAUCCAAGACGGGGGUCAGCAGCACACAGAGCAGUUCAAAACAUUAAACCCCAUGCAACAAGUGCCUGCAGUGGAAAUUGAUGGCUUCACAUUUUCGCAGUCACUGGCAGUGAUCCAGUACAUCGAUGAGACCAGACCCGGGCCUCGGCUCCUUCCAGCAGACUCAAAGAAACGCGCCCAGGUCCGAAUGAUAAGUGAUCUCAUUGCCUCUGGGAUACAGCCUCUGCAGAAUUUGCAUGUAAUCCAGAAGAUAGGAGCAGACAAAGUGCACUGGGCGCAAUAUUUCAUUGAACGUGGUUUUCAAGCUCUUGAGCCGAUUCUGAAGCAGACUGCAGGGAAAUACUGUGUGGGUGAUGAGAUAUCCAUGGCUGACAUCUGCCUGGUUCCACAGGUCUACAAUGCAGAGAGGUUCAAAGUGGAUGUCGGGCAGUAUCCAACUAUCAAAAAGAUAAAUCAAACCUUAGUUGAGAUUGAAGCUUUCAAAGUGAGCCACCCAUCUUGCCAACCUGACACACCUGCUGAUAUUCAUGCAUGAAACAGCUCAGCAGCUCUCACAGUGAUGCAACUUUGUACCUUAAAUAAAAUGCUUUGGAAACAGUUUGUUUUAAGCAAGUAAACUGAGUUUAAUGUUUAUUAGCACUUUUAAUAUAAAUUUUAACUUGAUCCAUUUUCUCAGUCUUUCAUUUUACUGUCAAAUACAUGCGGAUAUGUGGGGAAGAGGUAAAGGACAAAGUGAUGUGCAAAACAUGCAUAUCAGGGAUUUGUUAUGCAAAAUGCAACACCUGCCCACUGCUUGCCACAUAUUGCCUGCGUAUGGAGGGUUAGUCAAGACUAAACUGCAGACUGUCAUAAAAAUUACAAUGAAGAAACUGAAGCAAUAACAAAACAGAU